AUACACAGGUACAAUUGUCCACAAAUACAACGAAACCCUCCAUCCAUUGCCGUAUGAGCAUUGAGUGGCCACUGGUCACCACCACUAGUUUUCCCUAUUAUAUAGAAUAAAUAUAGUUGAAUUAAGUAAACCCUCCAUUAUAUAUAUAUAUAUACUCUUAUAAUUAAAUAUUAUUAAUAUCUUUCCCGUUCACCUUUCUAGGCCAUGGCCGCUCUCUCCAAAUUCUUCUCCAAUCUCUACACCAUGUCCUUGAUCUUCUUCACCCUCUUCGUCCUCGAAAUCCUAACUCUAAUCCGCUCCGUCAUCGGCUCGAAGCCGCCGCCCGAUAAGCGCGUGAUUACCACCGCCCAGUACCUGAAACUCAUUGAAGAGAGAAACCCCGCGACUUGUUUCAAGAACCAUUACUGCCGAGCUUGGUCGCCGAAGCCGGAGAUGGUGGCAGAAUGCAGGGUUUGCCUGUCGGAAUUCGAAGAUGGCGAGAAGAUUAGGAAGCUGCAAUGCGACCAUGUAUUCCAUAAGGAUUGCUUGGACACGUGGCUUCAGCAGUACUGCGCCACCUGUCCGCUCUGCCGGGAAAAGGUGUUGCCGGACGACGUCGUUGCGAGCUACCGGCGGAUGCGUAAUCAGGUUGAGUACGAUGGGAACGAGGAGGAGCUGAUUUUCUUGUUGUCUGCAAUACAUGGUAAUAGUUUUCACAGAAUAUAUUUUUGAGUUAAUUCUCAAAUUUGCAAGAAAUUUAUAUAAAAGCUUCUCCAUCUCCCUUGGCAGCAUAAGUUGCUGGUUUGUUUCUGAUUAAUUUUCUUAAAAUUAUUCAAUUUGAGGCAGAGGAAUUUUUGUAUAGCUUUCUGUGUAAAACCAUGUAACGUGUGUGUAUACAUACAAUGAAUUGAAGAUUAUUAUUGAUGUUUGAUUGAGGUAAA